AUGGCAGCUCCACCACGAGUGGUUUUCCAGAGGAGGGACAGAGUCACCGCUCUGCCCCUGUACCACAGCAGGUAUCUGUUCAAAAAAUACACCGGAGAGAGGGACUUUAAGAGUUUCUUUGCUGAACUGAGAGGUUCCACCAUUUUUCUGUACUCUGAUGAAAAAGAGCAAAAGUACUGUGAAAGGCUAGAGGUGCAUAACCUGAAAUCACUAAAAAUGGACUCUUCCUCAUAUAUGAAGAACAAACCUGUCAUUUUCACACUCACACUACAUAACGAGGAGGUGCAACUAAAGAUUGAAAACCCUAAUUAUGCGGAGGAAUGGAGAGGCUUCAUCCACACCGUGGCGAACUUAGAAAUCCCAUCGGAGCUGCAGUUGCUGCCAGGUCAGAUUUUACGACUGGAGGAAAUUCUGGUUGAUGAACGCAAACGAAGAGCUGCCUCAUUCAGCCAUAACCCUGACCUGCCUCUCGGAAAAACAGCCUCCAAAGCCAAAUCCCAGCACGACUACCGCCAGCCUCAGACUCCAGAAUGUUUUUAUGAAGUCUCUCGUGAACAAGCUGAGAAGAUGCUGGAGGAGCAUCCAGAGUAUGGCAGCAUCAUCAUGCGUCCAUCAGCACAUGCCGACUAUGCCGUCACAAUCAGACAGCAACACCCCAGUGGUGCUUUGCUGAGAAACUAUAAGAUCCACUCUAGCGACUGUGGCUUUGUCAUCAAGCUGGACGACCCAGUGACUGUACCCAACUUAUCAGAUGUUGUGGAACACUUCCUCAAGGAGACAAACAACAAGCUUAAGCCAUUCGUUAAAGUCCAACAGUAUGAUACACGGAUAGAGCUACCCCCACCGGACUGUUCCACACGCCAGGGUCCCUCCCAUGAUUCGAACAUCCACUCCAAUUACAGAUAUGCCCCUAAAAAACAGUAA